ACGGCUCCUUUCGCCGUCCGAGUCUAUGUGCGCUUAACCUACAGAGAGGAGUGAACGCUUUGAACUGCUAAACGCUCAAGAAUAUCGAUGAAGAAAUAUUGCUGGAUAAAGUACAACUGCGCGACGCGCACGUCUUGAAGCCACAACAACACCAUGUUGUUUUGGUAGCUGUGCCAAGACUGUGGCUUUCCCGAAGCGCGCGCGAGUGCGGUCAGGAAAAGGGAACAACGGGUCACGGAGGCUGAGACAUCAUGGCGGAGAGUGGUCCUGCACCGGACGCCGAGCCAUCGAUGGAGGAAGGUGCAGCAGGGAGUGAAUGCGGGUUACCACAGCCGGACGACGUCCUGGACUUUGCACUGUUCGUGUCGCCAGUGUGUCCCGAACUCGGACCAGCAGAACUGCUCGUCGACGCCGUCAGGUGCGCCGACAUUCAGCUGGACAGCGUCACCUGGCAUACGAUAGCGCCCUCUCGUUGCCGCCAUACUGUUAACCACCUGCGAGCGUGGAAUGAACUUCUCUGGGAGAUACGCGUAGAGCUCCUGGAGUCUAGUCCAGGGAUACUCGCACUUUGUUCGAAUCCACCCACCACGUGGUGCAAGAAUGACGGUGACGUCGUCCCGGACAAAAGCGACAUGGGCUUCCGCGCUCAGCGCUACAGGAGUGCCGUGCUUCUCUUCCAUUGGCUCCUGCUGAACAACUACUGCGUGAGAACCGUGGAGCUUGACGCCUGCCUCCUGCGUCACCACCACGUGCUGUUUUUCGACACCCUAGAACAGGCACCGUGGUUGCAGCGGCUGAGCUUGGGUUCUUACAAACUCGACGAUGCGUCUACUAUAGGACUGACGCAAGUCCUCCCUAGACUGGUGCGACUUCGGGAACUCGAGUUGUACGAUCUGUCCAUGUGGGGACAGGUCAACGAAUGCUGUGCCUUUGAGCGUGCCACGCGCUCUCUGCUUAAAAAGACGGCAUCGCUAAAGCGCCUACGCCUGACGAGGAUCCUUUUCACAUUAAUUAACGCCACGCGUUUCGUGAAAGGGCUCGAGAAGAACUCGACUCUUGAGGGUUUGCACAUAGAUUGGAAUAUUAUCGAGCAACAUGGCUCGCGUUUUGCCGAUUACCUCGCUGGGAACGUCACUCUUCGAGAGCUCACGAUAGAGGACUGGAGCUACUCGUUGCCUAAUAUGGGCACCGUGUUCAAAGCGUUGGAAACAAACCGAAACAUAAUCCGAAUUGUCGGUGAUGGUAUCUACAUGAACAUGGAAGACAUUCGGGCUUUGAGCAAUGCACUCUUGGUCAACGACGUUGUCGAGAGCAUUGACCUCACCAAGUGCCGCUGGUGCACCGAACACCAACAAGGGGCCAAAGUCGCCGAAAGCAUGUUAGAGCAUGGUGCGACCUGUCACCCGUUCGCGAAUUUUCUAACUCAUAACAAGUCUCUCCAUUUCCUGGGACUUCCUGAAGAUAUGUUGACCAGUGAGUGGGCACAAUGUUUCUUAGAGGCCCUUGGUCGCUCCCACCCAUGCUUGAGGGUCGACGCUGGUUACGUGAACCAAGACAGACUAUGUGACCUACUCCCUCUUGCCAAGUCAAACGGAUGCCUUGGCAAGUUUACCUUCCGAACAACCAUCGACAACGUGAUAUCCGUGAUCACACUCGAUGAGGUACAAUGCCUGAAAGGGGUAAUCUGUCCCGGACCUUCGGAAGCAGGACUUGGGCGUGCGAACUCCUCAAAGCCGAGGAAUCCUGUUCGAGCUAUAUGCCCGCGCAACAGCAAGAGGCGCAGCAGUGGGCACAGCAGGCAUGUCACGGAUACCCCUCCGCUCCUAAUCACGGACAUGCGAAGAGCCACGGACGCACUGGAGGAGAUGAUAAGUCUGCUUGUAAUGUCGAAGAAUCUUACGAGUCUGCACAUCAAUUUCUUCCGAGACGUAAGUGAAGAUGCGACGCAGCUCCUGGCGGAUUUUCUGAACCACACAAGGACGCUGACUGACUUGGCCAUUGUACUCGACUGCAAACCCGAUGCUGCGCGUAUUAUAUUCGACGGCCUCAACCAUAACAGAAGCCUGUCCACACUAUCGGUGCAGACGUCACACUCGCAGUGUUUCAAGGACCUUCCCGACAAAUUGGCAUUUCUGAUAUUGUGCAGCGGCCACAUGACGCGGCUAGAGUUUCCUCUCCUGGGCCCCUCGCAAACGACACAGGUGUACUGGAAGCUGCCGCGACGCGUAAUGGAGGCUGUGCCGCUAGUGGUGUCGCCCACUGACGGGCUGGCCGUGUGCCAGCAGCAGAUCAAGCUCAUCUUCAACAAGGUUCGCACGGACGCCAUGCUCGAGCGCGAGGCGACUACUUUCGUCAUGGGAACGAGCAGGACAAUGGCGGCCGCCGAGGCAUUCCAACGGCUCGGGGGAAGCCCGGAACUGCUCGCGAGAGUGCGCGAAACGGGACUAUUAAGAGGAGAGCACGCUCAAGCCAAAAUCAAAGCCGCUCGGGAGCGGCUUGCGUUGGACUUUUUUGUUCUCACAGGAGUCGUGCGGGAGCAUGUGGUGUGUCUAAAAAGUGCGACUGGAGCAACUCAAAUUGAUCAGGUGUUGAAUGCCCGUGUGCUAAUAAACAUCGUCAGGCACCUUAUGGUGUCGGACGUGGUGAGGUGAAAGCCCUUCUUCGUUUUACCUGAAUGAGCAUGGACGUUGAGAUUGAACUGCCGGAUACAGGCUCUGCACCUGCCCAAGAGGUUGGCUGUGCCUGGAGAAGAGUUUUUUUAGCUGCACCAGGAAGCAAGAAUCUCGACACCAGUGUUAUCGAAUUCUAGCAGGAGCGUCGCAAACACACGUCAAUUGCUUGUGACGACACCACGAAUAUCUGAGCACGGUCGGUGAAGUCAGAGUAGCGACGCCGCGAAAAAAACUGCCGUUCUGAACACUUUCGCCUACAAGCAAGCGACUGAGGAGGCGCAGCGGCCUCUGCUGGUGCACACGGAAGCAAAUAGUGCAACGUGAUGACUUUGUUAUCAUUCUGUGUAGCGCUGGCCGUUUAAAGCCUGUGUCGGUGUUUGGGAAGUGUGAAGCCCGUUGCAACAACGUUUGUGCGGCGUUCAUGUUGCCGAGCCUUAACCCGUUGUCGAAGAAGCAGUCUGAUGAAGAAUAACUCUGACUGAGCUUCCGUGCGACGCUCGGAUAGGCCGGAUGCCCACCGAAGAGCGUUGGGGGAGCUGCUUCACGGCCGUGGAGGCACGCGCAUGCUGAACUCCGUGUACCAGUGCAACAAGAUGGACUCCUUGGUAGAUCAUGAUGAUCUAUAGGACACGGGGGAAGGUGAACAAACUAAGACGCGGCAUACGGUGCAGUUUUGUGUAGUUGUGUUUCGAACGGUAGAGAAGGGUCGUGUUAACUUGGCAGGAAUAUAUGCAUGUAGCGCUAAAGACGGCAAUAGCGAGCGGUCGCCUUGAUAAACCGUAAUAAGGCCUCAGAGAUGGAUAAUUUAUUGGGACCUAUGAAGAGAAGAGGGCAAGUGAGAUUCUAAUGUUCGCUGUGAACCAAGAGACCAAGGGUUAGAGAACUCGCUGCAGGAGGCACGGUAAGACGACGAUUGUCGGAGCAUUGACAGUAUAGCAGUGGGCCUACCUGAGGCCAUCUCUGAUCCACUGCGCCUAAACUACACGAGACCGGCAACUACUUUCUAUGCUUCCCAGACUGGGAAAUGGGACAGGUUGCGGGCGGCCCUGUAAGACAGCGGCGGAAAGGCGCCGGAGUGAAUGGCCAAUGUUGUGGGAGAGGGCGGGUACAUAGGAGCCGCGCGCCACCCCAGUCGUGCGCAGAAGAGUGGUCGGUGUAAUUUCUGCAGUUUCUGACAAGAAUGAAGGCGCAGUCGUUGGGAGAAGAGGUUAGCGAAAGUAGCCACUGCGGAGCGGCGAUAUUGAAGCAGGGGGUGCUUUAGUUGGCGAAUACACCGACAGCGAGCGCGCUGAGAGUGGCAAUGCGAAAAUAGGAGGCGCUUUACUAUUCGUAGUCUCAAAGAGCCUAACACACGCUGUAUCGCACGCUGUCUACAAUACAUCGAACCGCGGCACGGCGUCAGAACAGUUGAAAUUUGGAACGAAACCAAUGUUGACAGCUAGGUGUGUAAGCGUGGAUGCAUUGAUACAAUCUGCGCGAAAACACGGGGAAAG